AUGAAUAGGUUAUUAAAUAAUAAUAAAACAUUAUUAUUUAAUACAAGAAACCAAAUCAGUUUUAAUAGAUAUUAUAUUAGAGCACCAUUUGACGAAAGUUUAAUUAAAUCAUCAUUCGAUCCUAAAAAUGUCGAAUUAAAUAAAUAUAAAUUUUGGGAAGAUCAUGGGUUAUUCAAACCAAAAGAAAAUAAAAAUGGUGAAAAAUUCUCAAUGGUAUUACCUCCACCAAAUGUUACAGGAUCACUUCAUAUAGGACACAGUUUAACAACUACAAUUCAGGAUUCAUUGGUUAGAUAUAAUAGAAUGUUGGGAAAAGAGGUUGUAUGGAUACCAGGUUUGGAUCACAGUGGUAUUGCAACACAAGUAGCAGUUGAAAAGCAAUUGUUGGUAAAGGAAAAAAAGACAAGAUAUGAUCUAGGUAGAGAGAAAUUUUUAGAGAAAGUUUUUGAAUGGACUGAAAUCUAUUCAAAAAAUAUAAAUAAUCAAUUGCGUAUUACUGGUAGUUCACUAGAUUGGAGUAGAUCAGUAUUCACUUUGGAUCAACAAAGAAACAAUGCUGUUCAAGAAGCAUUCAUCCGUUUGUUCAACAUGGGUUUAAUUUAUAGAUCAACACGUUUGGUAAAUUGGUGCCCACAAUUGCAAUCUGUAAUCUCUGACAUUGAAAUCGAUCAUCAACAAAUUGAAAAACCAACAUCAAUUAAAUUGAAAUCAAGAGUAAAGUCUAUCGAAGUGGGUGUUAUCUAUGAUGUUGCUUAUCAAAUUGACAAUUCAGAUUCUUCAAUGGAGCAAUUAAAAGAUUUAAUAGUCAGUACCACCCGUCCAGAGACUAUUUUUGGUGAUACUGGUAUUGCUAUUCACCCAGAAGAUGAAAGAUACAAAAGUUAUCAUGGUAGAUUCGCAGUUCAUCCAUUUACACAAAAAAGAAUCCCAAUUGUUUUGGACCCAAUUUUAGUUGAUAAAACUUUAGGUACAGGUGUUGUUAAAAUUACUCCAGGUCAUGAUUUCAACGAUUAUCAAUGUGGCACAAGACAUUCAUUAGAAUUUAUUAAUAUUAUGAACUCAAAUGGUACCCUUAAUGAAAACACAAUUCCAGAAUUUAAUGGUGUUGAUCGUUUGGACGCUAGACCCUUGGUUAUCAAAAAGUUAGAAGAGAAAGGACUUUAUCAUGGUAAAAAACCACAUCCAACCACUCUUUCAAUCUGCAGUAGAUCUGGUGAUUUGCUCGAACCAAUUUUAAAGCCUCAGUGGUAUGUUGAUUGUAAAGCAAUGGCUAGUCGUUCAGUUGGUUAUGUUGAAAAAGAUGAAAUUAAAAUUGUACCAGAAUCAUUUAAAGAAAAUUGGUUUAGAUGGCUCAACAAUAUUCAAGAUUGGUGUAUAUCAAGACAACUGUGGUGGGGUAAUCCAAUUCCAGCAUAUCUUAUAAUAGAAAAUAAUUUGAGAGCAACUGAUAAUAAUGAUGGUAAUAAUAGUAUUAUUAAUGGUAUGAGUUUGGUAAAUGAAAAAUGGGUUGUUGCAAAGACUGAAGAAGAGGCAGCUGAAAUCGCAAUUAAAAACUAUAACUUAAAGAAAGGUGAGUUUACAUUGGAAAAGGAUCAAGAUGUUUUAGAUACAUGGUUUUCAUCUGGACUGUUCCCAAUCUCAUCAUUAGGUUGGCCAAACGAAAAAGAGUCAAUUGAUUUCAAAAAAUAUUUUCCACUAGAUGUUAUGGAAACUGGAUCCGAUAUUUUAUUCUUUUGGGUGGCUAGAAUGGUAAUGUUAUGUUCAACUUUAGUACCAGAAUCACCAAUUCCAUUUAAUAGUAUUCUUUUACAUCCAAUGAUCAGGGACUCACAAGGAAGAAAAAUGUCAAAAAGUUUAGGUAAUGUCAUCGACCCACUCAAUGUGAUUAAUGGCAUAACACUUAAAGAGCUUAAGGAUAAUGUUUUGUCAUCAAAUCUUACAGAUAAAGAAAAAUCCAUUGCUACAAAAGGUUUAGAUAAAGAGUUUCCUCAAGGAAUUCCCCAAUGCGGCACUGAUUCGUUACGUCUUUCUUUGUCCCAGUAUCCAAUCAAUGGAAAAGAUAUUAAUUUAGAUAUUAAUAAGAUUAUUGGAAUUCGUUUAUUCUGUAAUAAACUAUGGAAUGCAAGUAAACUAGUAUUGUCAAAUUGUAAUAAUAUAGAAUCAAUUAAGCCAAUUACAAUGUAUUAUAAUGGAAACACUGAACCAUUUGAUUAUAAUUCAAUUACAUUAAUUGACAAAUGGAUUCUAACAAGAUUAUCAAAAUUAAUAGAGUCAUCAAAUUCAAAUUUUAAUUCAUUUAAUUUAUCAACAAUUUCACAAAGUCUAUAUUCUUUUUUCCAAUAUGACUUUUGUGAUUUAUAUUUAGAAUGUAUAAAAGUAGAGUUAAAUAGAAAUAAUGAAUCAAGCAAAAUGGUAUUAAUUAAUGUAUUGGAUACAUACCUUAGAUUAUUACACCCAUUUAUGCCAUUUAUUACUGAGGAUAUCUGGCAAAGAUUACCAAGAGCCAGUCAAAUGGAAUCACUCAAUUGUGAACAAACCAUUUCAAUUAUGGUUUCAGAAUACCCAACAACCAAUUAUAAAUACCAUAAACAAUAUUUACAAGAUGAGGCAAAAAUCGAAAAAGAAAUUUCAUUAUUCCAAAGUGUUUUACAUGCCACCAGAGCCCAAAGAAGUUUAUUAACAAUUCACGAUAAAACUAAAGUCAAUGUUACCCUGCACGUCGAUGCCGAUUCAUUCAGGGAUAAAUUUAAUAUUAACUUAUUAAAUACUUUUGAACAAUUAAAAGAUUCAUUCGAAAAAAUAGCUAAUGCUUCUUUGGUUAUUUCAGGGCAAAUAAUUUCACAAAACCAAAUUAACGAAUCAAAUGGCAAAAUUACAACUAUAGCUGAUGGUUUACAAAUUCAAAUUGAGUUUGAUUCAAAUGAAAACAAUCAAUUUUUAAAUCCAGCACAAUCCCAACAAUCUCAACAACAAUCCCAACAAGCUUUACAAUCCAAAAUUACAAAGUUGGAAUCUUUCAUUAAUGAUUUAGAAAAAACUAUUAACUCUCAAGAUUUCAAACAAAGGGUACCUCUUAAAGUUCAAGAACAAAAAAUUGAUAAAUUAAAUAAAUAUAAAAUCGAACUAAACGAAUUAUUAAAUCGUAAAUAA